AUGCUGGUCAAGGACAUCUAUGGUGGCGCGUAUGAAUCCCUAGGCCUCUCUGGUGACGUCAUCGCCAGUUCCUUUGGUCUGGCCGCUCGUAGACCCAACGAGACACGUCGACCAGCAGACAUGGUCAAGGCACUUCUUGUCGCAAUUAGCAAUAAUAUCGGACAAUUGGCCUGCCUCUACGCUCUUCAAAACGGUGUUCGUCAAAUUCUUUUCGGUGGUUUCUUUAUUCGUGGCCAUCGUCUCACUAUGGAGGUGAUUUCAUUUGCCGUCAAAUACUGGUCCAACGGUGAAAUGAAAGCCAUGUUCCUUCGCCAUGAAGGUUACCUUGGUGUUGUUGGUGCCUUCACGAAGGCAUGUAAAGUGCGAAAAUGCUCAGCUUUGAAUAAAACGGACGCGGAGGAAGUGGUAUCACCACCUUCUCCAAAUUUUCAGCUAUUCCAAAGAGAACGCUAUGCUUCAAAAUGUUGGUCGGAGAAUUAUGCCACGUCGAUUGUCGGACGAAAAACUUCUCGGACGUUGCCACCCUCUGUGGAUGGUCUCACUCUCUCGGAAUUUGAGCUUGAACACCUUGGAGAUAUGUCCCUCGAACCGUUCCCAUUACUCCUUUCCCCUGCUGAUUAUGUACCUGAUACAUGGGACCUCACUCAAGACAACAAGGCUCGAGCCUAUUGGCUUGAGUGUUUCAAGCAAGGAGUUGAGCGCUUGAGGAAGAAGGCUGAAGAAAGUCAAGCCGAGAGCAAUGCACCCAAUGACUCCAAGGAGAGAGCCCAGCGUUUUGCCGAAAGAUACGUUAACUUCCUCUCGGAAUUAAGUGACAGACCCAGUGGAAGAGGUCUUUUGACGGUGCGGAGUAUUCUUGAAGCUCAACAGCAUCUCUUGAGAGAGUUCGGCUUCCCCGAUGCUUUCUGCGUGCAAAAGAAGCUCGAGAAUACCUGGUCCUUGUCAUUUUUCCCCGGAUUGAUGGCGCAUCUUGAUAGUUUGAGUUGGGAGGAGAGACAAAUGGAAUUGGCUCAAGGAUUCCUUACUGGCAAUAUCUUCGAUUGGGGAGCUUCAGAGGCUGUGCGUUUCUUCACCCAAGAUCAGGACACAGUGGAUGGAAUGUCAUCGUUUGAGAAGGCUCGUGCAAAACUGCAGGUAAGUAUUUGUGUGUGUGGUGGAAUACUCUUCUCCUGCCCCUAUGACGCUUUUAAUCAAGAGGCGGAGGAGGAAGGGGGUGGUGGUGGGGGGGGGGGGUUAAUACUACCGUUCAUUCAAUUGCUCAAGUCAUCAAGAUCUCACCCAGGGUUUGGAACCCAUGGACUCGCGUGUGGUUAG